AUGGACGUUUUCAAAAUCGACCAGUCGCUCAGCGCGGGUCUGGGUAGCGCCCCGGCGCCAGACACGCUUACGCCGGAAGUGUCCUUCGACGCAGGUAGUGAGUUCAAUCUGAGCUUCUUCGACGGACCGGAGGAGAACAGCACCCAAGGCUUCAGCGAUCCCGGUUCCGUGGGUAGCGCCAGCGCAUCACCACCGCCAGGAACACCCGCCAGCAUCCCCGUUAACCCCCCGAACGCCGCCCUACCGAUAGUCCAAGUGCCCUCCGGCAUCGUCAUUAAGCAAGAACAACACUACGCGGCCGCCGAUUCGAACAGUUCGACGCCCGCGAAGAGUUUCGUGGCCUGUAGAGUUUGCGGUGACAAAGCGAGCGGUUAUCAUUACGGCGUGACCAGCUGCGAGGGUUGCAAAGGCUUCUUCAGGAGGAGCAUUCAGAAGCAGAUAGAGUACAGGUGCCUGAGGGACGGCAAGUGUCUCGUCAUCAGAUUAAAUCGGAACCGCUGUCAGUACUGCAGAUUUAAGAAGUGCCUAGCUGUCGGCAUGUCCAGGGAUUCUGUAAGAUACGGCAGGGUGCCAAAGCGUUCAAGGGAACGCGGCCCCGACGACGCAGUGCCGACUACAACAACAACGACGACAACGACCACCGGUGUGCAACAGCUCACGUCUCCCGGCUCUGGAAACAACAACAACAACAACAACAACAACAACAACAACAACAACAACAACAACAACAACAGCCAAAAUAAUAACAACAAUAGCCAGGGUCAGAACACCAUAGCCUGCGUGGCACCAGCUGCGGUUGUUGAAGCGGAUCAGUCGGACGCGGACGUGAAACAAUUGGCCGUGUACGACGUGAUACUCCAAGUGUCUCAGGCGCAUCAUGCUCACUGUGGCUUCACCGAGGAAUCAACGAGGGGCAUAGUUCGGAAACCGAUGAUAAUACCGCCCGCCAGUCCCGAGGACCCAGAGGCGGCAUCCUCCACGGCGGAAACAGUUGAGUCGCAGAGGAUCUGGCUCUGGCAACAAUUCGCCACCAGAGUAACACCGUCGGUGCAAAGGGUGGUGGAGUUUGCCAAAAGGGUGCCAGGAUUUUGCGAUCUCUCGCAAGACGAUCAGUUGAUACUGAUUAAGGUCGGUUUCUUUGAGGUCUGGCUCAGCCAUAUCUCAAAGAUGACCACUGACAGUUCGAUGACUUUCGAGGAUGGUACUUAUAUCACUAGGCAGCAAAUGGAAUUGAUGUACGAGCUAGAUUUCGUGUCCGCUUUGAUGCAAUUCACAUCGGCACUAAACGGCCACCAACUGUCGGACACGGAAUUGGGCCUGUUUUCCGGCGCUGUUCUGCUCGGCGAAAGGCCAGGCCUGAACGACGUAAAGGCGGUGCAGAGGCUUCAGGAUCGUCUUCUGGAGGCGCUCAAGGUGCAAGCGUUGCGGAAUCACACGGUCCCGAGCGAGACAACCUCGGCUGGUGGUUGUUCCAGCAUCUCGAGCGUUUCCCAAAGGAUACCAGAAUUAAGGGCUCUGGGUGCCAGACACGCGAAUCUUCUCGAUUGGUUCAGGAGGAACUGGACCAAGCUCAAACUACCGCCCCUCUUUGCCGAGAUAUUCGACAUUCCCAAGUGCGAGGAAGAUCUUCAGUGAAGAGAAUGUUUCAGAGUACAUCGAGUUUAUUCGAGGAAAAGGAACGGCUCUGCCGUGGGAGAAUCUUCUAAUUGCCAGGCG